AUGCUGACCACCAGUGUGCGAGUGAUCCGUAUGUUGAAGUACAAUACACGAUGGGCUGCAAAGCUUGAGAAAAAGAAACAGAAACAGGCCGUGCGCGUAGCACGCGUCGCCGAGCGCAAGCAACAAGAACAAGAUGCAGAGACGGAGCGCGUGCGCCGCGAGCUGGAAAAGAACCCAUUUACCAUGUCUGAUAACCCAAAAGCGCAAUCCUUGUUUACAAGUUCGUUAUUUGCCAAUGCACCGAGCCACGAAAAUUCCGCCCCGGAAAAUGCCCAAUCGCCCAUGGACGAUGAUGACGAUGAUGACGAUGAUGACGAUGAUGACGAUGAAGACGAUGAAGACGAUUACGAUGAAGAGGCGCGGCUCGCGGAAGAAGAGGCUAUCAAGCAGUCCAUUGCAGCACAGCGUGAGCAGCUGGGCCUAGACAAAGACUGGGCCCGCAGUGUAACACAAUAUACCCCACCACUAUACCUCAACACAAUAUCUGAGCCCGCAACUCAGGAAGAAACGUUGCAAGCGCCUGCAGAAAGUGUCAUUCAGCGCGCCGCAGAGCUUAGCGCCGAUGCUUCGCUGAGCGGCAAGGAAGAGUACGAAAAAAUGGUGCUGGACGGGAUCGACUCAACGUUUGAGCGAUUUACGCGUCGGAUUCGUGCAGAGCCGCGCCAGGUCGUUCGCUAUGAAUUUGGCGGAGUGCCGCUGCCCUUUAGUGCACAAGGCAGCAUCUUUCGCAUGCUGUGGCCCGACCCGCAAAAACCAAUGCGCGAGGAUGCCGUGCCGCCGUGCCCAUUGUGCGGUGCACCGCGUGUAUUUGAGAUGCAGCUCAUGCCGAAUCUCGCGAACCUCUUGCGUGCCGAGCGCAUCGAUGACACCGACGUACAGCAGCCAAAAGACGCCGCCGAGGCGGAAAAGCAGCGCCGCGCGCAAAUCGAAAACACGCUCGGAUUGGGCAGUGCUAAGGACGGAGUACGCACGGGCAUCAUCUGGAGCACAGCAAUUGUCUUCGUCUGCAGCAAAGAUUGCUGCGCUUCGUCGGAAGGGUGUGCCGAGGAGUGGAUUGGCGUCCAGUUCGAGCAAGAUUGGUAG